AGUAUCAGAUGCAAUUUCUCUUUUUACUGCAUCCAGUUCAGUGUUAAUGUUUUUGGGGAUUUUGACUUCACAUCAUUCUGAUGAAGAUUACCGCAAAACCUUCCUCUUGAUUAUCGGCCUUACUUCACUCUUCGUCUCUAUUGCAACAAUGACCAUGGCAUUUUGUGCUGCUCUUUUCAUAAUGCUACAAGGUAAAGGUGGAUUGGGGUUUGUCAUUCCUAUAACUCUGCAUGCUGGUAUUCCUAUCGUAUGCUACGUGUUGUUGCAAUUUCCUCUUCUGGUUGAGAUCUUGGGUUUGACUUUUAGUUCAAACAUCUUUGGUAAGAGAGGAAUAUCCUCGACAAGCAGGACAGCAGAUAUGGUCGCUAGGAGGAUGAGGAACUUGAGAGGUUGAGGACAGCGGUAAAAAUUCUUGCAAUUUCUAGUCAUGCCAGUGAAUUAGUCACUUAAAUGAAUGUUGCUUUGACUAAAUGUUUUUCUUUUUUUUUUUAAUACAUGCGUGUUGCUUUGAAUAAAUGAUUGUUGUCAUG